GCUGCAAUGCAUCUUACAAAAUUGAUCAUUGUGUAAAAUAUAAGCAAGAAAAAUGGCAAAAAUCCUAAAUUAUUGGAAACAACUUGCUGCUAUUGCAAUUCCAAUAAUUUUCUUGCCAAUUCCAUUAAUAUACCAAAACAAGGAAGCUAAAUGUGCAUACACAAUCUUGAUCAUUAUUUUAUACUGGAUCACUGAAGUAGUUCCACUUGCUGUAUCUUCAUUGAUACCUUUGGUACUAUUUCCUAUUUUUGGAAUUGCUGAUACCGAGACGUUAUCCAAGGAGUACUUGAAAGAUGCCAUGAUGGUCUUUGUGGGGGGAAUGAUGGUGGCUUUAUCAUUUGAAGCAAGCAAUCUACACAAAAGAAUUGCUCUCCGCGUGAUGUUGGCUACAGGAGCAAGUUUACCCAGGUUGAUGCUUGGAGCAAUGAUGACUACAAUGUCGUUAUCCAUGUUCAUGUCCAAUACUUCUGCUACGGCAAUGAUGCUGCCGAUCAUUCAAGCAAUAUUGAGAGAAUUACAAAUUAGUAUCGAAGAAAAAAUUAGAAAACAAACUUUUGAAACCCCUCAAAUUGUGGACGACCAAAAUUCUUCUAUCGAAAUGACAGCCACCCAUCACGUUGAUGUUACUGAUUAUGAAACUCAACAUUCGAACCAUCUAACGUGGGAAAACUCCGCCUCAUCAUCACAUAACUUUUUAAACAAAGAACAAUUAGAUUGGAUAUCAAAUGUACGAACAAUGUUGACGCUUUCUAUUUGCUACGCUGCUAACCUGGGGGGAACAGGGACGGUGACUGGAACUGGCACCAAUCUUUUGGCAUUGGAAUUACUCCGCAACUUUGAUCCUCAACAUCAUGGAGAAUACGCGUCUCUGACGUACGGAACCUGGGUAGCAUUUUGCUUCGUUCCUAUGCUGAUCAACACUCUACUUUCCUGGCUUUACCUGUUGCUUGUAUUUCUUUUGAUUCCUGCAAAAUGGAAGCAGCUACGAAACUUUCAACGAAAUAGCGCAACUCGUCCUACUCGUCGUGACGACAUACAACCAGAUCCUUCUGUAAUACGAAAGCUGUUGACGACAAGUUACGCCCAGUUGGGCGACAUAUCUCAACAUGAAACGACUGUAGUUUACUGUUCUGGCGUCGGUUUGCUCUUGUGGGUCCUUCACGACCCUAAAUUUAUACCAGGAUGGAGUCAGUUGUUUAUUGGGGGGUCAAAAAACGUGUCAAUUGCAACUGCAACUAUUCUCGUAGGUCUUCUUUUUCUCAUAAUUCCUAGAAAUUUGAAAGAGGUUUUUACAACGGGAGAGACGCCUAAACCUUUAUUAGAGUGGGAGUAUUUUUCAAAGAAGACGCCUUGGGGAAUAAUCAUAUUCUUUGGUGGAAGUUUGGCUUUAUCAAAAGGAGCAAAGUCGUCAGGAUUAACAAUGAUAAUUGGCCAAUAUCUUCGUUCCAUGUCAUCAUGGCCUCCAUGGUCCAUUCAACUUGUGUCCAUGUUUGUGAUAUCGUUAAUCACCGAGUUAAUCUCGAAUGCCGCUACAGCGACAAUUGCCAUCCCAAUAUUGCUAGACUUGAGCCAAGAACUAGGAAUUCACCCGUUGUACUUGACGAUGCCAGUUGCCGUCGCGUGCUCAUAUGCUUUCAUGCUUCCAGUGGCAACUACAACGAACACAUUGGUUUAUAGCACUAAUUAUAUUAAACUUCGUGAUAUGGUUCGUGUUGGAGUUAUCAUGAACUUUUCAUCGGUAUUAGUACUUUUCGUGUCUACAAAUACUAUUGGAAAUUUGUUGUUUAAUUUUACACAGUAUGAAUACAUACCUUGAUGUACAUACACUUGAAAAUUGAUCCAAAUAAAAAAUAUGUAAGUGCCAA